AUGGCAACCCUUUCCUCCAUCCUCUCCUCUUCUUCUCUUCCUCUUCUCCGUCGCCACCCUUCUCUGUCAACUUUUCGCCCCUCUAUUUCUCUAUCCUUCUCUCGUACAAAACCUCGUUCCCCCUUUAUCGUUUUUGCUUCCUCUUCCCACUCUUUCGACGAUUUCACCUCCAACCCCAAGAAAUCAGUGCUCACUGAGUUGAUACAAGAGAUAGAACCUCUGGAUGUUAGCCAUAUCCAGAAAGAUGUUCCACCAACAACCGCGGAUGCCAUGAAAAGGACUAUAUCUGGAAUGCUGGGCUUGCUUCCAUCUGAUCAAUUUAACGUUGUCAUUGAGGCUCUGUGGGAACCCCUCUCCAAGUUGCUGAUUUCUUCAAUGAUGACUGGGUAUACACUACGCAAUGUUGAAUAUAGGCUAUGUCUUGAGAAAAACCUUGAUAUGUUUGAUAUAGAGAAGCCGAAGGCAGAAAGUGCCAAAGUCGAUUUACAAGGGUUGAUGCAUGACAGUGUAAAUGUAAUUGACUUUGGUAGAAAUAAAAAUUUGUCUUCCAAAGUUGAAAGGCUUCAUGAGGAUGUUGACAUUCAAGACCUUGGUGAAAUAUCUGCAGAAGCUCAACAAUAUAUUUUCAAUUUGCAAUCUCGUUUGUCUUCCAUGAAAAAGGAGCUACAUGAAGUAAAGAGGAAAAGUGCUGCUCUUCAAAUGCAACAGUUUGUUGGAGAGGAAAAGAAUGAUUUAUUGGAUUACUUGAGAUCACUUCAACCUGAACAGGUAGCUCAGCUUUCAGAAUUUUCAUCCCCUGAGCUUAAGGACACCAUCCUCUCUGUUGUCCAUGGUCUCCUUGCUACCCUUUCUCCUAAGAUGCAUUCUAAACCUUCCACCAUGUCAGAAAAUACAACACUUGGGACAACAAAUGUUGAGAGUGAGGAUUGUGCUGAGGUUGUUGAGAACUCUGCUCUUCAUUUUCAGCCUGUUAUUUCAUUAACUCGGGAUUAUCUUGCCCGCCUGCUCUUUUGGUGCAUGUUGCUGGGACACUAUCUUAGAGGCCUCGAGUGUAGAAUGGAGUUGAUGGAUUUGCUCUCCUUGACAAAUGAUGCUGACAAUGAUGCCUCUGGCAGUCAACCAAUUGCUUGA